AUGCUAACCUUGCUACUGGUAUUAACGGCUCUAUUAACAAGGGCGGAAGAGCCUGUUUGCAGGCUUCAAGGAAGACCAGAACUACCUUUGUUUUCAAAGGAUGGAGACAUAGUAAUUGGAGGAAUCUUUUCAUUUCAUAAUAACCUUAUAGAUGACAAACCUGUAUUUAAUGUUGUACCCAAACCACUAAAAUGCAAAGGCAGUUUAAAUUUGGUUGAAUAUCAGUUUGCUGUAACUAUGAUCUUUGCCAUAGAAGAAAUCAAUAACAGGACUGAUAUUCUUCCCGGUGUUUCCCUGGGCUAUACAAUCUAUGAUGCUUGUGGUUCCAUACAACUUGCUAUAAGAGCAGCACUGGCUUUAAUAAAUGGACCAGGAAAAGACACGUUCUCUGACAAGUCUUGCACCAAAUCUUCAACUGCUCAUGCUAUUAUUGCACAGUCUGGGUCAUCACCAACCAUAGGAGUUGCAACAGCCGUCGGACCUUUUCAUAUACCAGUGAUAAGUCAUUUUGCUACCUGUUCAUGUCUGAGCAACAAGAAUGAGUACCCUUCAUUUUUCAGAACCAUACCAAGUGACUAUUAUCAAAGUAGAGCCCUGGCACAGCUUGUAAAGCAUUUCGGAUGGACUUGGGUUGGGACAAUUAGAAGUGACAAUGACUAUGGCAACUCGGGAAUGGCUACCUUUGUGAAAGCAGCCAGACAGGAGGGUGUUUGUAUUGAAUAUUCAGAGGCCAUUUACAGAACGUAUCCAAGAGAGAAAAUUGUUAAAACAGUAGAUACUAUAAAGAAGUCAUCUUCUAAGGUUAUUGUGGCUUUUACUUCUUUCAUAGAUCUUGAAUUUCUAUUAAAAGAACUGUUGCUUCAAAAUGUAACUGGUUUGCAAUGGAUAGGCAGUGAAUCUUGGAUUACUAACCGAAAUCUUGCAUCAAAAGGAAGUUAUAUAGUCCUUGGAGGGGCAGUUGGAUUUUCAAUCAGGAACGCAGUAAUUACAGGUCUGAAGGAAUUCUUACUGAAUAUCCGUCCAUCUGACACCCCAGGUUUGAAAGAGUUCUGGGAAACUGUUUUCAGUUGCACCCUGACAAACACAGAAAACACUACACUAAGUAUUCAAUGUACAGGGUCUGAACAUUUAGGAGAAGUAAAAAACCAGUACACUGAUGUGUCUGAGCUGAGAAUUACCAAUAAUGUAUAUAAAGCUGUGUAUGCUGCAGCCUAUUCAUUGCACAAUCUGUUUACAUGCAAAAGUGACAAAGGAUCAUUUGCAAAUAAGACCUGUGAAAACAGGACAACAACUGAACCAUGGCAGGUUUUACAUUAUCUGAAAACAGUUAAUUUCACAACCAAGAAUGGAGAGAGUGUCUAUUUUGAUGAUAAUGGGGAUCCAACAGCAAAAUAUGAAUUAGUAAACUGGCAGCUGACUAAAGAAGGCAAAACACAAUUUGUAACAAUUGGCAUCUAUGAUGCAUCUUUACCACAAGGAAAACAGUUUGUAAUGAAUAACAUCCGCAUUGUUUGGGCAGAUGAUCAGGAUAGGGUGCCUAAAUCAGUGUGCAGUGAGAGCUGUCCUCCAGGCACUCGGAAGGCUGUUCAGAAAGGAAAGCCUGUUUGUUGCUUUGACUGCAUACCAUGUGCUGAAGGAGAAAUCAGCAAUCAGACAGAUUCCAUUGACUGUGUGAAGUGCUCUUUGGAACACAGGUCGAAUGAGCAAAAAGAUGGAUGCAUCUUAAAAGACAUUGAAUUUCUGUCAUUUGCUGAAAUCAUGGGCAUACUAUUAGCAAUAUUCUCAUUGAUUGGAGCCUGUUUAACUGCUGCUAUAGCUAUUGUGUUCUUUCUUUAUAGAGAUACUCCCAUUGUAAGAGCUAAUAACUCUGAACUCAGUUUCCUUCUUCUGUUUUCAUUAGCACUGUGUUUUCUUUGUGCACUUACUUUCAUUGGCCAGCCCUCUGAGUGGUCCUGUAUGUUGCGCCACACUGCCUUUGGGAUCACAUUUGUCCUGUGCAUCUCUUGUGUUCUGGGGAAAACAAUAGUCGUGUUAAUGGCGUUUAGGUCUACACUUCCUGGUAAUAAUAUGAUGAAAUGGUUUGGACCUGCCCAGCAGCGGUUAAGUGUUUUUGCAUUCACAUUCAUUCAGGCCUUAAUAUGCACACUUUGGUUAACAUUAUCUCCUCCUUUCCCAAACAAAAACAUUAGAUCCUACAAAGACAGAAUCAUUCUAGAAUGUGACCUAGGAUCUGCAGCAGCAUUUUAUGCUGUAUUAGGGUAUAUUGGGUUUCUUGCUGCCAUGUGCUUUGUGCUUGCUUUUCUGGCCAGGAAGCUUCCAGAUAACUUUAAUGAAGCUAAAUACAUUACAUUUAGCAUGCUCAUAUUCUGUGCUGUCUGGAUUACUUUCAUCCCAGCUUACAUCAGUUCACCUGGGAAGUACACAGUAGCUGUAGAAAUAUUUGCUAUUUUAUCUUCUAGUUUUGGUUUGCUCUUCUGUAUUUUUGUUCCCAAAUGUUAUAUUAUAUUACUGAAACCUGAGAAGAAUACGAAAAAACAUUUGAUGGGUAAAAUGCCCUCAAAAUCACUUUAA